GCCGGAAACUUCUCUACCUGAAGUGAGUGCAUCUGUGUAGGAUUUGACCCAAGGAGAAGAUGGUACAUACAGUGUUGUGCAAGUUGCCUUCCCUCUGCUGUAGUCCCUGCUCUUCCUGUUCUGGGUGGCAGUAGUCCAGUUGGGUCAAUAAGGUGCUUCAUGAUGAGACAUCUGGGGACACUUCUCUCUCCUUUGUGUAGUUGAUAGUUUGGGCGGUGAAGAGAUGGCUGACAGCGUCAAAACCUUUCUGCAGGACCUUGCCAGGGGAAUCAAAGACUCCAUCUGGGGAAUUUGUACCAUCACAAAGCUAGAUGCUCGAAUUCAACAAAAGAGAGAGGAGCAGCGUCGAAGAAGGGCAAGCAGGGUCCUGGCUCAGAGGAGAGCCCAGAGUAUAGAGAGGAAGCAAGAGAGUGAACCACGUACUGUUAGUAGAAUUUUGCAGUGCUGCGCUUGGAAUGGUGGAGUAUUCUGGUUCAGUCUCCUUUUGUUUUAUCGAGUGUUUAUUCCCGUGCUUCAGUCAGUAACGGCCCAAAUUAUUGGUGAUCCGUCACUACAUGGGGAUGUUGGGUCGUGGCUCGAGGUUUUCCUCACGUCAGUUUUCAGUGCUCUUUGGGUGCUCCGCCUGUUUGCGCUUAGCAAAGCUGUGAAUGCAGUUUGGUUUCAGGAUAUGGCUGAUCUGGCCUUCGAGGUAUCAGGGAGGAAGCCUCACCCAUUCCCUAGUGUCAGCAAAAUAAUUGCUGAAAAGCUCUUCAACCUUUUGCUGCAGGCUCUUUUCCUCCUCCAGGGGAUGUUUGUGAGUCUCUUUCCCACCCACCUUGUUGGUCAGCUGGUUAGUCUCCUGCAUAUGUCUCUUCUCUGCUCACUGUACUGCUUCGAAUAUCGUUGGUUCAAUAAAGGAAUUGAAGGAAUUAAAGGAAUUGAAAUGCACCAGCGAUUGUCAACCAUAGCCCCUUACUACCCUGGAUUUGGUCUGCCCUUGGCUUUCCUCACAGCAAUGCAGUCCUUCUACAUUGUCAGUGGCUGCCUAGUCUCUAUCCUCUUUCCUUUAUUCAUUAUCAGCGCCAAUGAAGCAAAGACCCCUGGCAAAGCGUACCUUUUCCAAUUGCGCCUCUUCUCCUUGGUGGUUUUCUUAAGCAACAGACUCUUCCACAAGACGGUCUACCUGCAGUCUGCCCUGAGUAGUUCAGCUUCUGCAGAGAAGUUCCCCUCACCGCACCCAUCUCCUGCCAAACUGAAGGCUGCUGAGGGCCCCUGAGUCGCCUGCCACCUAGAGGGGAUG